AUGCGGGAGUCGUUCACCCCUGUAAGGACACUUGCAUACAACGCAGGAUUUUCGCGGGGCCAUAGAAACGAAAUGUGGAGCAAGGUGAGGUGGGCGGGCCCGGUGGGUGGUACGCGGCGAUUGGUCGGCACCGCCCAGCUGCGAAUACGCCCCCUCGACCCCCCAUUCCCAUCCCCCACCCCCGUGGCCACCGGCUAUCGCCUGGCGACCACCUACAUCCACCCGGCGCAAGCUAUGCCUGUGUCG